UCCUGCUCCAGUCCUGCGCUGUCACGACCGUGCUACUUCCGGUACCAAGAACGUGUUGACGGAAAGCGAAAAGGGACAUCUCGCGUGUACGAUACACACACGUGAAACACACGAAAGCCAACAUUGCUGUUGAAACGUGUUUUAUUUAUCUUAAAAAAUGAGCGUGAAAAGAGAUGAACAGGAUGGGGAGGCGGAUGGCGAUCAUCUUUUCCUCGAUCAAGUUCUAAACCAGUUGUAUGAUUUUGGGGAUAGAAAAAACAAAGGAUUGAAAAAGACUCAGAAGAGAAAGAAGUCUACAGGAGACACAGGCUCCGAGCAGAUCAUGACGAGCUCCACAGUUUGUGAAAACAUCCCGUCUGGAGCUGAACUUUCCAGUGUAGAGCUGGUUACAUUUACUGAUCCUCUGAAGAAGAACAAAAUACCCAAGACUGCUGAACCAGGGCAGAAGGUUCCUGAUGUUAAAGGAAAGAAGAAAUCGGGCUCAGAUGAGAAACUGGCAAUAGAAAAGGCUCGGUUUGAGGUUCACAAGUUUGGGCUGUCGGGGUAUCAGAAGCAGCAGCAGAGGGUCUUUGAGCAGGACAGGGCCAUCAUGCUGGGAGCCCGACCCCCGAAAAAGCAGUAUGUUAACUACAAAAUGUAUCAACAAAUGAUAAAAGAUCAGAAGAUGAAAGCAAAAGAGGAAGCUAAAGCUGAAACACAGAAGAAAAGAAGGAAAGAAGGGAAAUCAAGGCCUGAGAAAAGUAAAUCAUCGUCGAGAGGAGAGCUCGGUGGACAAGUUGGUCGCUUCAAAAACGGAAUGCUGGUGUUGAGCUCCAAAGACAUUCAGAAACUAAAAGUUAAAGUGAAAAAGUGAGCGACUGUUUCUGAAUCUUCAGACCACUUUCAAAAUGCAAGAUCGUUUUAAUAUGUAUGGAAUAUCACAUUUUGACUGGACUGUAAUUGAAACUUUACCUCUUUCAUUUAUCUGUUGAACAUUUAUAAUGCCAUUACGGUUUAUAUUUUUUGGUUUCUUCACUUUGGUGCGUCUGUGCUACAGACAUAAAUUAUAUGUUAAAAUAUGGUUUGACAGCUUUUGGUACCCGAGUGCGCUUUAUAGACCCCAGUAAUAUAGAAACCUCCCAGAACAUCUUAGCAACCUCACUACCAGGGCAUUUGACACACAUAAUUCCUUCAGAAAGUGUAAAAGUGUACUUUUAUUCACAAUAAAUAAUGCUGAAACACUG